AUGUCCGUCAGACCACUGCCAUUGUUACGAAAUGGUCUGUCUGCGACUCGCUUCGUGAACAGCUACCAGCUGCCUGGACGACCAGGUCACUUCCAGGGUCUUCUCUCGACUCAAGCUUCUCAAGACAGGGUCGUAUGGCCCGCUUUGAAGACAUGGUCGUCCAUUGGACCUGAUGGCCAGGAGACGCUCGAGGGUCUCAAGGGACCUGCUACGUCGGAUCUGAUCGUACCAGUCGAGAUCUCGCAGCCCCAUGUGGGCUACAACGCCGGUGGUAGCAAGUGGGACCGCAUCGAGAUGCCGUUCUCGCUCUUUCUCGAUGCCUUCAUCCAACGCAAGAUCCCCUGGUCGCAAGGAAGCGAGGAACAGCAGCCAGUGGGAUAUCUAGCACAGUUCGAUCUGCUGUCGAAGGUCCCUGCUCUCGCCGAAGAAGCUCCGGGUUUGCCACACACACAAGCAGGACCCAAAGGAGCGAAUGAGCAAUGGCGUAGCAACGUCUGGAUCGGACCAGCAGGCACCUACACUCCCAUUCACCGAGAUCCGUACGAGAACAUGUUUGCACAGGUGGUGGGUCAGAAGCGGGUGCACCUCUUCAGCCCUUCCUUGGCUCCGUACCUCUACAUCAACAAAAGCGGGCCACAGAAGAACACUUCGGCCAUCCGAUCGGAGCGAGAGCUUCUGUCUGCAUCGCAGGAUCGCCCAUUGCUAUCCGCUGCCCUGUCAUCAGAGGAUGCGUUUGUCGCCGAGCUCGGCCCCGGCGAUGUACUUUACAUCCCGCAGGGCUGGUAUCACUGCGUGCAGAGUCUGAGCACGAGCGCGAGCGUCAACUUUUGGUAUCUGUGA